AAAAAAGAUGUCUGCACCUCCUUCAUCAAUGCCAUCUUGGCAAUCAAUGCAAAGGAAUCCAGCCGGCAGUCAAGGAUACUCUUCUCAAUCUCCACCUCCUUCUUCUUAUCGUCCUCAAGGUCCUGGCAGUGGAAGUAGUGGUGAUUAUGUCUCACAACAACAACAGCCUUUCCCGGGCAAUCAACCUCGCUUUCGUCCAUCCACAGCAGGUUCUUCAUCUUCUAGCUCAGGUCCUGGCAGAUCGAUCGAUCGUUCUAACUCAUAUCUCGCUUCUAACGGCAACGCUCCUCGUCCCGAUAAUGCCGCACAAGCUCAACAGGCCUGGCCAUCACAAGUAGGUCCAGAGCCACAAACACCUCCAGCAACACAAUCAGGACAACCACAAUCUCAUAAAAGAACGCAAUCCUUACGUCCAAUGUCCGCUUUUCAACCUUUGGAAAAUGUAGAUGGUCCUUAUGCUUCACCAAAUCCCUCAGGUAGACCACCAAGUCCAACAGAAUCAGUAACACGCAGUAUUCGUACCGCAGCCGCACCUCUUACAUUCAAAUCGCCUGAAUUACGUAGCGCAUUGGGUCUACAAGAAGCACAAUCAAAGAAGAUUUAUAUGGAAGGUUAUUUGAGCAAACGCGAUCAUUUGACUCCUGAUGGAAAGCCCUUACCUCCCACCGAUCCAAAGAAGAGAUGGCAAUUAUGCUUCGUUCAACUCUGCGGUACAGUUUUAAGCGUAUGGAACGUACAUCAAAUGGAAGAAGCAGCAAGACAAGGACGUGAAGUUCCACCAUCGUACAUCAAUGUGACCGAUAGCUUUGUAGACUUUAUUGGUACAAUUACUGAAUCGCCUCAAGAUGUUCCUGGAUCGCGUGGAAGAUAUGAAAAUGUAUUUGCAAUCAAUACUGCCGGUCAGAACAGAAUUCUAUUCGGCGUAGAAGGAAGUGUCGGUCGCAGAUUGGUACAAGCCUGGGUGAAUGGUAUCCGACUGGCCACAUGGGAAAAGGUUCGAUUGGAAGAAAUUUACACCGGAUCUCUUGUUCGUGCUCGUCUAGGUGCAGUUGGCGCUCAACAAGCAACUUCCGGUCCAGGAGGAGCACCAGGAGACGUUGAAUUGUCUAUCAAAUCUCCUUUAAAUAAGCAAGGAAAGAUGGAAGGUUGGGUCAAAGCACGUUUCAUGGGCUCAACAGAAUGGCGAAAAUGCUGGUUGGUAUUGUCUGAUCGUGGCGCUGAAGGUGCAGGUCAAGGCCCUGCUCAAAAUGAUCAUAAAUCAGAGACUGCAUCAGUCACUAGCAACCGAAACUCAUUCUGGAGCAAGCUCAAAGCAGGAGAUCGUGGUAGUUUGAUCGGUUCGCCUUCUGCACCUGCUUUGUCUGAUACAGGGAUCAAGGAUAUUGACGUACCUCCUGGCAGUAAUGGUGCACCUGGAUUGGCAUGCUUUUACGAAACAAAGAAGAGCAAGAAACCCUUUGCGACGAUGGCUUAUGCUUCACAAACAUUCGCUGUCUAUCCUUCUCGACCUGAGUUAGUGGAAGGAAGCAGCUUGUUCAAAGUCGAAGGUGCAUUCCCACUCAGUGGAUUCGUGAGCGCUACUAAUAAGAUUCGACAAUCCGGUUGGGUGAUGAUCAUGCCGGAGUUGGACAGCGGUAGCAACAAAGGAGCGAAUGCAGAAAUGAUGAAAUGGUGUAUUGCCUUUAUGGACGCAUUCCGAUUGUACGGUCGACCAGCGCAAUUCCAAUGGGAUGCUCGAAACCCAAUUUCACCCUUCUUUGCUUAUCCAAUUGGGCCAUACAAGGAUCGUCUAUUCUUAGACAGAGAAUUGUCUGAAUUCCUUGAUAUUCGUGAAGAACGUCAUUUAGCGAACAGACACAAUUUGCACGGUAUCAUGGCCGCCCGCAUGCGAGGAGAGCGGACUCCAAUUUUGCCUCCAUUGCCGCAGCCUAAUACAGAAAGCACACGCGGCUUGAACGGCCCCGGUCAAGCAAACGGCAACAGACAAUCUCAAAUGCUUUCUUCACCUCCGCCCCAACAAGACGCUGCUCAAGCACAACAACAGCCGCCACAAUUGCACACCGCAUUACCGCCUCUGAAUACAGGAUCGAACGAUCAAGAUGCCUACAAUGCACGGGGAACUCAAUUGAGCUCGAUUGGAGAGAGAAGCAGAGAGGGCAGCGUGAUGACAAAUUUUACGCAAACACCUGUUACACCAGGUACAGCUACCAAUCACGAAAGUGCAAAUGAUCGUAGAGAAGCUUCUUCUGGUCAAGUUUCACAUCAAGCACAACCUUCUUCUCAAGCAUCUCAACAAUCCGCUCAGCAGGUGCAGCCAACGGAAAAGUCAAGCGCUCAUCUGACAAACGCUGCCUCUUUGGGAGUCUCACAGGAUAGUCAAGCUACCAGCACCAACUAUCAAACAUCUGAGUCAUCACAAAUUGCAUCCAAAGAAACUGCAAAGCCACAACCACCGAUACCAGCAUCUGUUCAGCCAGUCGUUCAGCAAGACACUGCUCGCAUGUCUACUCUGCCAUCCACAAAAGAUGCACCACGAAGAAAGGAUUCCGAUCCUAUGGGUCAAUAUGACGAAGGGGCAUUGUACUUUAUCAAUUCUUUGGGUGAGUCUUUGCCUUCAACGUCGCCAAAGGUCAAUUUGAAACCAUUGCCUCCAAAGGAAGAGGCUAAGCCCGUUGUCAAUGAGCCCGCUAAGCCAGACUCUAUCGGACGCUCAACAGUUGUACAAGAUACUCCAAAGCCUGUCACCAGAGCGAAUCCCGAGAUCACAACGCCAGGAGAGGAAGGCUUGGAUUCUGAUGCACGUGCUGCUUAUUCAUUCCUUGACAGACCUCCUUCACCACCUGUUUCGAGUAGCAAUAGCAGCCGAGUUGCACAACCUGAUUACUCAACAGUUCCAGCCGCUGCUUCUAUUCCUGCGGCAACAUCAUAUCCUUCCAGUUUCAAUGCCAACAAGAAAGCACAAGAACGUAAAUUGGCUGCUCAAGCUCAGGCACAGGCCCAUUCUGAUGCAUUAACUCAACCUGGCCGUCAAGGUGGUGCAAAGAAGAGCGGAUUGGGACAAGGACCUCGUCAUGCUUGGAAUGACGAAGAAGACGAAGAUGAGGACGAUGAAGAAGAUGAAGAUGAAAGCUCUCGCGAUAUCCGACCAAACACGGUCAACAAUAUUCCUGCUUCUUCUUCUAACUUCCGUCAACCUUAUCCUGCUGCACGUCAAAAUGCACCAUACAAUGCUCACUUGGCUGGCGUUCAUAAUGCAGGUGGUAACGAAUCGCGCGGUAGCAGUCCAGGUGCCAGCUUUGAAUCUGGUCCAGCGAAGAAUGCACCUUCAGGCAACCCAAGCACGCUGGUACAUUUGUCGAAAGAAGAACAACCAGGUGCAAUCAGUACAGCUUUCCAACCACAAGGUUUGUUACAAGCAGGUGCACAAGACAAAGCAGAACGAUCUGCUAAGCAUGUGGAAGCAGAAGCUCGUGCCACUGGAGGACAUUUCGUCAAUGUGGAUGCAAACAGAAACAAUGCGCCUCAAUCUGGAUUGGUAGGAGCAAUAAGUGCACACGAGCGUGAAAGACGCAAAGAAGGAGGAUUGGGAGCCACUUUGACAGAGCGUGAACGUGAACGUGUCCAAGCUGAAAAGAGACAAAGAGAAGAAGAAAUGAUGCGCAAUCAAAUGAUGCAACAGCAACAACAAAUGAUGGCAGCAUCAAUGGCAUCUCCUCAACCUGGUCAACAAGCUGGGAUGCCUUGGCAAAAUCCAGGAAUGCCUCCAAGCAUGGGCUCUUUCAAUCCGAUGAUGUGGCAACAAAUGCAAAUGAUGAGCAUGAUGAAUCCUAUGAUGUUUGGAGGAGGUAUGCCAGGACAACAAGCAGCACCAGGAUCACAUUCUGGUCAUGGUCAUCAAGGAGGUAGCGGUUCGGGUAAUGCAGCCAGCGGAGGAGCAGAUUAUCAACAACAACAGAUGGCUGCCCAAAUGCGUGCCGCUCAAGCCGCUCAACAAGCUUACUUGCAAGCCAUGCAACAAGGUGGUGGUGGAGGCGGUGAACAACAACAACAACAUCAACAGAUGUCACCUCAAAUGCCUCCUAUGUCAAUGGGCAUGAUGCCUUUCAAUCCGUAUAUGUCUAUGUAUGGUGCCCCGAUGGGAUUCCCACCUGGUAGUGGAUUUGGAAGUGCAAUGGGACCAGGAAGUGAAAUGGGCGGCGGUCAUGGCGGUAGCUAUAUGAUGACCUCAAGUCCUUCUGGAGCUGGCUAUGCAAGUCCAAAUGGUGGAAUGCAUUCUCCUUCACCUCCUCCUGCCAAUACAGACCCUCGUUCUCGUCAACGAUGAGAAUGAAAAGAAUUACUUCAAAUUAAAGACACAUUCGCUUAUUAUUCGUUUCAUUGGUACAAUUUUGUAACUAUGUAACCCUUUUUCCCUUGUCCAAACACACAUGUCCAUGUCAUUACAUACAGUAUCCUUUCUCUCUCUUUUGUCAUAUAUGCUUCUCAAUGGGACUUAUUGCCAAACUUCUUC